AUGGCGAAGAAGUGUGUUCACAAGGGCUGCGGCAAGACGUACGACGACGACAACGAGGAGUGUGUUUACCACCCCGGCCCACCGAAAUUCCAUGAGGGGCAGAAAGGCUGGGAAUGCUGCAAACCUCGCGUCCUGACGUUUGACGAGUUCCUCGCAAUCGAGCCCUGCACAAAGGGAAAGCACUCUGACGUCGACGACACCCCCAAGCCAGAACCCGUCCAGGCCCCAGACGUACCCAAUGGCACCCAAGUCAACCUCGGAUCGCUAGAGGAAUCGCUGCCUGCGCCUGCACCGAGACUACCUACCGCACAAGCUACGCCCAAGCCAUCGGCUUCGCCCGCACCGCCGCCAGAGUCCGAAGACGAUGACCCGAGCCUGGAGAUCAAGGAGGGCAUGACGUGCAGGCGGAAAGGAUGCGGCGCCGUGCACAAAGGAGGCAACCGGGAUGGAGAGAGCUGUGUGCAUCACCCUGGCGCGCCCAUCUUUCACGAGGGCAGCAAGGGGUGGAGUUGCUGUAAGAGGAGGGUCAUGGAGUUUGACCAGUUUAUGAAGAUCGAGGGGUGCAAGACAAAAGACAGACAUCUCUUCGUCGGUAGUGGGAAGAAGAAGGAGGGCGAGGAGAAGCUGGAGACGGUUCGACACGACUACUACCAGACCGCAACCUCAGUCGUCGCCUCCCUCUACCUCAAGAAAAUCGACAAGGCAACCGCCGUCAUCGACUUUCAACCACAGCAUGUCAAACUCGAUUUGCCCACUACAGAUAGCAAGCGCUACCAGACCGAGUUUCCCCUCUUCUCGACUAUCAAACCUGAAGAGAGCAAGUUCAGAAUACUAGGCACCAAGCUCGAGAUGACCCUGGUCAAGGCGGAUGGAGCUAGUUGGCCCGUUCUUAGGAGCGACGAUAAACCUACUGGGGAGAUGAUACAGGUAGGUAGGGCGGGCAGGGCGUAG